AUGAUAGCAUUACACUUCCCGGUGGUGGUGGUGGUGGUGGAGAGAAUGUACAGGCCUCAAAGAGAGAGCUUUGCCAUACAAGUAAGAGCUGAAGCCCUUGAACUCCCUCAACCUAAUCCCAACCCUUCUAGCCUUAACUUCUCUGCCAUGAAGCUCUUCCACCGCUUCCGCAAGAUUCUCAUGCGCUUCUUUUUCUCCUUUCCCUCCCGUGCUGCCUCAUCAGCAACAACGUCAUCAGCCCUUUCGCGACAGAAGGCCUACGAUAAACCCGACCCUCCAAAGACUUCAUGCAGCUCUUAUUACUCAUCCAACUCCCAUUACACCGAGGCCAUUGCUGACUGCAUUGAGUUCUUCAAUAAGGAGGGCAUUUUGGAUGGCCGCAAAUCUGAUGUUGUGGUCUGAUCGAUGAUCAAUUGAUCAUCAUCAUCAUCAUCAUCAUAAUCAUCAUACUGCUCUUUCUACACGUACGGUUUCAUGGGUGUUGUGAUUCAGUUUACUUGUUUUGCUUUUGGUUCCAAGCUUUUUAUGUACACAUUUGGGGGUUUUAGGUGUUUGAUUUGUUAGCUUCUUCCUCUCUUAAGUUUGUGGGCUCUGUUCACAUGCAGUACAAAUACAUGUUUUGUGCUUACAGCCAUUGAGGUGUAAAAAUGGAAAAUAAUUAUCUUCAUAUGA